GUUGCAUAAACUUAACAACAUAGAGCCAAAUUCACUGUAUUUAUAACAUCAAGAUUAUUUACUUCUUUUAUUUCACUUUGGUGAAAAUUGCUUUUACUUGGCAACGGAGUCGUAGCAAACGUGUUUGAAUUAAGCAAGACCUUUUAAAACAUAGCUGUGAAUAUGUCGGUCACCAAUUUUACCUUUAGAGGACUGAUAGUACCUGUAUUUUCUCCGUUUAAUAAUGACGCAAACAGAAGCUUAAAUUUAUCCAUUAUCCCAGAAUACGCUAAAUUCCUAGCUUCAAAAAACAUCAAUGGUGUUCUUGUCAAUGGUACAACUGGAGAAGGGACAUCAUUAUCCACCAAUGAAAGAAAAAAGGUGACUGAAACAUGGGCAGCGGCCGUUAAAGAAACUAAACAACACCUGAUGGUUCAAAUUGGUGGAACGUCCUUAAACGAUGUGAAAGAACUCGCUGCCCAUGCUGAAAAAUUAGGAGUAAAUUCUCUCUUAUGUUUACCAGAAUUAUAUUUCAAACCGACGAGUGUGGAAGACCUGAUAGAAUAUUUAAGCAUCGUUAGUAAAUCGGCACCAAACACACCUUUAUUGUAUUAUCACAUUCCUAAGGCUUCAAUGGUCAACAUACACAUGGGCAAGUUUUUGCAAACAGUAGAGGAAAGAAUUCCAACUUUUUCUGGGAUUAAAUUCACAAGCAAUGAUUUAGAAGAGGGUUUUGAGGCAAUGAGAGCUAAUAAACGCUUUGCUGUUUUCUUGGGUAGUGAUGUUCUAAUGGCAGCUGGUUCGACGAUUGGAAUCGAUUCGUUUAUAAUGACAAGUCUUAACUUUAUUCCUGAACCUGCCUUAGAACUAUUAGAAUUUGGCAAGGGUAAUAGAGACUUGAAAAUCGCACGAACAAAUCAAGAGUUUAUUAAUAAAACAGUAAAAGCUAUAACACAUUUUGGAACUUGGGUUGAAACAAUGAAAAUUGCAAUGAGCAUGACUACAAAUCUAUUUAUGGGACCUCCAAGAGCUCCACUUAAGCUUAUUUCUCGAGAAAGUGUAGAAAAGAUGAAAACGAAUUUGGCCGAAAUCGGAUUGAAAGUAAAUCAAACUGAAAUAAUAAAGUUAUAUUGAAUUUGAUGUAACAAAAUAAAACAUUUCGAAAUAUUUGUUGUUUAAUAUA